AUGAAGACUGCAAAUCAACCCAUAGGAAAGGGCGUCAAGGUCGCCAUCAUCGGCGGAGGCCCUGCCGGUCUCAGUGCCGCUAUCGAACUUGGCAGACUACCCUUUGUGGACUGGCAUUUGUAUGAGCAGAAGCCGACGAUAAGUGAAAUUGGAACGGGGAUCACCCUCCAACGCAACACUUGGGUGUUGCUCGAAAAGCUAGGAGCUUCCAGACACUUGCGGACGAGCGACAUAUUCAGGCCCGCGGAUGGACACGACAACCAGUACAGGAAUGGCGUUACGGGUGAGGUGGUGAAGCAAACCCAUCCUCCCGUCAUCAUCCCUCACCAGGGACCUUGCAGAGUGCAUCGAGGCAAGCUUCAAAGAGCUUUGCUCAAGGAAGUAGACCAGGGUCGGAUUCGCACUGGCGAGAAAUUAGUCUCGAUUGAGCAAGAACAUGACGGAAAGCUUCGUUUGUCAUUUGCCAGCGGGUUCUCUACCAAGGUUGACCUUCUACUAGGUGCUGAUGGGAUUCGUUCUACUGUCCGAGAAUUCGCAUUUCCGAGUUACAAUAUCAGCUACUCAGGCAUGACUGCGUAUAGAGCAGUGGUCAGGGCAUCGGAAGCGGAGCAGAUCAAUGGCCUCUCAAAAGCCAUGAUCUUUUGGUACAGCGCGAAAAAUCGUUGGAUAUACACGACACCCCUCGAUGACAAUGACUGGGAGAUAACUUGCAGGACCAGAGAGCCGGAUGAUGGGGAUCGAUCCAGCUGGGGGAAAGAGGUUAGUGUCAAGAAGUUCAUCGCCCUCUUCAAUGAAUACUGCGAACCGAUUCAACAGCUACUCUCACUGGUGACCCGCGUGAAGCGAUUUGACUACUUUGGCGGCCGGCGACUCGACUCAGUAGUUAGGCACGGAUCGGUUGCUCUUUUAGGAGACGCUUCGCAUCCAUUGUCUGGAGCGUUUGGUGCUGGUGCCGCCUUCGCUAUGGAGGACGCUCAUGUGCUAGCUGGAGCGAUUCGCUGGGCGGCUUCGGCCGGCCGUGGGUUAGACGUUGCCUUACGCGUGUUUGAUGAUGUGCGGUCACCACACUACCGCAACCUCUACCAAACAUUGGACGAUAUCGCUGUGGCUCAUCAGAAGACAUUCAGUGAAGCAAGCUCGGUUGAUGAGGAGAUUGUUGGACAGAUAAACAAUGUUUCCUCGUCGAAUCGUAACUGGAUGUAUUACCACGAUGUAAGUCAUGAGAACCUUAACUUAGUUUCUCCCGUAGCAUAUGACUAA